AUGGCGAAACAUCUUGCGGUGUCUCGGGCGCCGCCUGGCACAAUUCAAACAGAAAAUGAAACGAUACAGCGCGAAGAUCUCUUCUUCCCUCAAGUCCUCCAGAGGAAGAUUAUCCGUACCUACAACAUACAAACCACGUGGGACGGGCAACCAAUUAACCACGACCCCAUCAAGAUCACCGUGGGGCCAGUUGAAUCCACCGGUCACGUGAUGUUGUCAGCUUCCGGUCCCUUUUUCAACGACUCAGAGAGGCCCCCAAAUUCUACAGUCGGUGAACCAUAUUAUGGUCUUUGGAAUUACGAAGCGGUGGAGGUGUUCUUUCUGAAUGACGAAAACCACUUGUUGAAUACGAUCCUCUCACCCUACAGGCUUGACUACUUCCAGCUGAUUGACUUCAAAGAAAUAGUCCCCGAUAACUGGAGCCAAGACUACACAUCCUCAGAGUGGAAUUGA